AAAUAGGUAUAUGAAUAUCUCUUUUUGAGUAAUUUGGCGUAGUAAAACAAGUCGUAUUAAAUUCUCAAAAGAUGAUACAUGUUGAAAGAAACCAAAAGGGGUUGAGCAGGGGAUUCUUGUUUGCAGACAUGCAAUUUUAGUGCUCCUGAAUAAAUUCAUAGGUUUUUAAAGAGUAUGUACUUAAAUUGUCAUUACGAAGGAAUGAAAAUAUUUUCAUAGCAUGAUAACAUGAAGAAAUAAGAUUUAAGCUCAAAAUUAUUACUGCAAAUUAUUCCUUGAUUCGCCCUCUAACAUUCUAAAGUUGUGCACCUUAAAUUGUUUCGAAUGAGCGUCAAGUUCAAUAUCAGGUGUUCAGAGUUGUUAUAUUUAAAUACUUUGGUAUUUAAGAUCAGUAUUUAAAUACCGGAUUUGGAUAUUUAUUAUUUAUUAUUUAAAAUCCAGAUACUGAAUUUCAAGUAUUUAUUAUUUAAGUACCUGAGUGCAUGAAAUGUAUUUAACUAGUUAUAUAGUAUUUAAAUACUUUAAAUGUUGCAAGUAUUUAGAAAUUAAUCAUUUAAAUAUUAAUUUUCUUCUAUAUGAUGCAAAACUCGGAUUUCGGACGUUGUUAACUAACGAAUUCAUAGCAUUCAUUUUGUGUUCUGAGGUAUAGAUUAAUUUCAUAGGAGCAAGAUCAAGCAGUUUAUUACAACUCGUGUCUCAAAACAUUUGAAAAUUAAUCAAAUAUGGGUGAAAAUUUUAGUUAAAUUGAAAAUUUAAAGAAAUGAUUUGUAUUUAGCUUUUAUAUGCUUAUUCACAUUUGUUACUCAUUUUCAGCUCGUAACAUAAAUUAUUAAUUCCACAUAUUAGUCUAAUUUUCACAUAUAUUACCAAACAUUUCUAGUAGUUAAACAAGCCUUAAAGCUUAUCUAUUAAGCAAAUGAUUUAUUUUAAGGCUACCUCAUAUUGUUUGUUCAAGUUUGUUGGCGAUUCUACUUGAGAGUAUAGAUCUAAACUAUUGAGUUGGUAAUUCAGAUGUUACCACUAUUUAAACACUAUUUAAAGAGUAUUUAAAUAACUAGUACUUAAAUACUUAAGAUAUAUUCAGGUAUUUAAGUAAUUGAGUAUUUAAAUACCUAGUCAAAAUACGAGUAUUCAAGUAUUUAGUAUUUAAAUAUUUAAAAUAAAUUCAGUUAUUUAAGUAUUUCAUACUUAAAUACCACUCAAAUAUUCAAGUAUUUAGAAAUGAAGUAUUUAAAUACUUUUGAGGUAUUUAAAACAACUCUGCAGGUGUUUGGGUCGAAGCGAAGUCUGGGGGUUGCCGGUUAGAAUCACUGUCUACACCUUUCUAUGUACAUAAUCACACCCUACUGGAUAUUUUCAGGGAAUUUUAUUAGUAUUUUGGAACAGGUAUAGUAAAACUGAGCAUAAAAAAGUCCAAUAACGGCCACAAUCUAUUAUUAUCUACUCCCUUUGACCCUUAAUAAUUAAAAAAAUGAAGAGCCAAACAUACUUCAUUUAAUACUUUACUCCAUAUUCAACACCCUCCACAAAGGCAUUCACAUUUUGUCCAACUUUGUCUACAGUUUUGCAAAACUUAAAUUUUGCUAUGAAUUUGCCCUUUAUCAGAAUCAUAGCGGCCAUGGUUUUGGUCAGCAUGGAAAAUUCACAUCUUGCCGUGGAGGCGGUUGACAAUCAUCCAGCUAAUGAGACUAGGGAUUUGAACUGGUGGUUCUGCUGUAACCAACUCACUCAGAAAGUGGACUCCCUGCAGAAUCAGUUUAAUUCAUUAAUUCCUUCUGGCUUCAUUUACACCCAGUAUCCUGGACAAGCCGAUCCAACCACGCUUUUCCCAACGUACACUUGGACUGAUGUCACGACGGAAUAUGCAGGCCAAUUCUUUCGGGCUGAGGGGGGAAAUUCGGCCACUUUUGGUACUCCUCAGGCAGAGAGCAGUCCCAAGAUAACCACAAUUAGUUGGGGAAAUGCUGCACCGGGGACGACCUGGCCGACUUCGAUCCAAAUUGCGGAUGGGGUAUCGCCACACAUGUUCGUCUCAACUGGGGGAGACGGUCCUGUGGAUGGGAUUAGUGUUACUGCGACAGGUUAUGCGACCGAAGUUAGGCCAGUAAACCAGGCCAUCAGAAUUUGGAAGAGGGUUUGAUUUAGUCCAGUUGUGCAAGAUGUUUAUCUUUGAAAUUAGAAAUAUUAGCGUUGAUUUGUUUAGAUAAUUAAUAAUCUUUCAAAUUAAGCUGUAAAAUUACGAAUAAAUCGAGAGGAUGUUACAUUA